CACUUCCUUGUCAUCACUAUGGAAAUAAUGACAAAGAUGAUAAUCUUUCUUCUCUAGAUAUACUAGACCAUUUUCAACAAAACAUGACACAAAAUGUCUUUGGUAAAAGAGGUUCGUGAUAGUCGAUAAAAAAGUGUUGGAUUUUACAAAACUCAUAUAUUAAUACAAAUUGAAUGCAUUCAUUGUGUAAUGUAGGUUCAAGUUCUCUCAAAUCACGGUUCCCAUGUCAGGGAUAGGGCCAUGACAGAUGUUCAAGAUCAUUUAGCAAAGUCAUGCUCACACACACAAAAAGCAGUGCUAGCAAAGCUACAGUUUGUUAAUGUGCAAACAUCUUUAUGAGUUUGUUCAAAUUUACACUGUUUUGCUUGACAUCUUACAGACCCUGUUGUUCUUAAGAAAGUUUCCAUUGUCUUUUUUCCGUGAGUUGUAAUACAAAGAGAUUUGUCAUCAUCCUGAGUUACUUUUGGAAUAUCAUACAAUCUCUCUUCAUCCUGUGUAUGAAUAUUCACUAUCAACAUGUUCUGUAAGGCAUUAUCAUUGGACCUGUAGUCGAUGCAAAUAGCUUUUUCCAUGAUAAGACAACUUUCACAUUGUAAUAUAUUGAAAUGGAAAUGAAACCCACUUUAAUUCCAGAGAGAUCAUAGUGAAACCUUUCCACUUCUCAUACCUGACCAUUGUAAAGACACCCCACCACCCCACCCACUUAUUUACAAAGUGAAAGUUCAAAUGCUGGCAACAUGUGUCACUACUUUCAGAAUCUUUGGAGCUAUUCUGAUGUCCCUGUAUUGUAUUUUGCUCCUUGAAUGGUGAAAUGUUGAAUUAACUUUCUUAAAACUUUUAAAGUCUCAUCCAACAGUCAUGGAUAUGGAAAGUUGUUGCAGUGUGUUUAAAAUCCACCUAUCCUCAGUACUUUCCUCAUUAAAGCUAUUGCAAUUUUCUUCAAACCAUCAAGUGCAUUGCUCAUGGCAAGCUAUUACUAUAAAAAAACCCACCCCGAAUAUCUUUAAAUUUGAACAACUUUUUAAUGCACAAAACAGAAGUAAAUUUAUCAAAAUCAUUUCUGAGAGAGUAUGUUCUCCAGGUUAAUCAAUCCACCCACUGACAGUAUUGUAUUCUAGUUUGUUUUUUUUUCUCUCUUUUUCAAAAUGUACCAUUACCCACGACUUGCAUGUAUAUCUAGAUUACGUUCACUUUGUUUAUUUCUCGACACUGUAAAUCAGUUUAAGAGAAUAAAGAUAUUGUCAUUGUUCCAUUUUUGAGAACUUGAGAGGCUUGCAUGGAACAACAACUUAACUAGAACACCAACCUUGUGACACACAUACAUACGUACUAUACUGAAUAUAAGGGUCACAAUUGUCUCCUGUUGAGCCCCCAGCAGGAUUCUUCACAAGAUUUGUAAGUUUGUUAUAGCUGUGUCUCUGUUAAUUAUUGCAAUUUGGGGAAAGGCUACCUAUAGGCCUACAAAUUGCACUGCAAUCUGCAAGUACCAUAAGUAUGCAACAAAGAAACAGAUUUAAGAUGAUCAAUUUGCAUAGAUUUUGUUUAUCCUAAAUGAGUCUAUUCUAAUUUAAAUCAAGGAAUAAUCAAACUGAUAUGCAAUAGAUGCGAGACAAAUUAAUGGGAUUUACUUGACAAAGAAAUAUCGAAACACGAUGAAUCUAUCAAAAUAGUUCUUAGCUUCUAGCUGGUACUUUUGGAAUCCAUAUAGUAAAACAUUCAUUUGUUUAUGUACUGUGAUGUCACAAGGUUAAGAGUUACAACCUCUUUUCUUCCAUGUAUCAUGACAUAGAUGCUAACAGGCAAAUAUCCAUAAUGUGAAUUUCAUGUGAAAAUCAUGUUUGAUGCUCUGCUCUUUCAUGUGAAAUUUUGUUGAAGUUUUCACAUGAAAUUCAUGUGAAGCACAAUAUACCGAUGUAUAUAUUUUCCAUGAAUCAUUUAUAUAAUUGAUAGAUUUUUCAAUAUUAAUAUUACUGGGAUUUAAAAUGUUAAAGACAUUGAUGACAUGUGCGUGUGUUUAAGCAUUAUGUAUUCUCUCUAUCUGAUCUGUUGCCUAUACUUCAGAACCAUGCUACUUUCACCUUUUCACCUAAAACUCAUGUCCUAUUGAUAAUUGGGUACCAUUGUCUUGUGUGUUGGAAAAUUCAUGAAACUUGAUUUGAAUUAUUAAUAAAGAUGUUCCAUUUAAUAGCAUUAUUUUGCUAUCUUAAUGACUUACUGGUCAAGGAUGGCUGGGGAGACAUGCAGCUCAAAGAGACGGUUGACUGCAGACUGUCCUGUACAUGAGAAAACCAUUUUAAGACACAGGCAUGGUGGGAUGUUUGUGAACUGUGUAUUUUUAAUACCUUUAUAGUCAUUGUCAAAUGUUGCCAUGGAAACCGUUUCAGAGACUCGUUUUUUGUGUGCAGAUUAUUUAAACAAAUGAGCAUAUUUUCAAUGCUUUAUGCAAGGUUGAGUAAUCAAUAAUUCUAAUUUAUUUAAUGACUUAAAAAACAACCAAUUAUUAUGGGUAUAUAUACAUGUAAAUAGAAUCAAAUAUGAGAUUGUUUCUUUACAGUUCAUGUAUAUACUGAAAGAGGAGGAGAGUGUUCCAUGAAUUAGCAAAUUUGAAGUACUUGAACUGAUAAUAAUCAAAAUUCUGUGGAAAGAUUUGUGAUGAAAAAACCAUUAUUACAAAAGCGUAUUGAUUUUUUUCUCAUUACUAUUAUCGCAGUAAUGAUCUAAUGUUCAUAACAUGUGGCGAAAAUGUCUCUUUGUAUCGGAGUUGAACCAGGGUUUUUACAUAUAUUAUGAUACAUAAAGCAUAUUAAUAGACUAUAACUAUUUUCAUGAUGGAAAAAAAGAAUGUAAUUAGUAGAAAUUUGUAACAGAUUAGCCUCAAUCAGUCAAAAUUACUUGCAAGUUCUUGUUCCAUUGCUGACAAAAGUUUCUUAAAAUAAUACUUCUUUUUAUCUUUUGUUUUUCAUAUAUUGAGAGAUGGUCUUUGUAAACAAAAAAUGCACAUUUGAACUUGCAUCAAUAUUUUCAAAAUUUGGUCCAUAUAGGUAGCAUCUUGUUUCUGAACAUCUUUGUUCUGAAUUUCAAAAGGUUCCUGUGACUUGUAGGGAGAUGUUUCAGAGUUUUUGUAAAUAAAACAGUAUCCUGUCUCCCUCAGCAUUGUUCUACAUAGACAUUAAAUCCAUUCUGACACCAAGGAUUUUUCUUCCAUCAUCAAUCGAACACAAUUAACAACAAAGACUUUUAAAAAACUGUAUACCUGUUUAUGUUUAUGUUUGGAAUCAGAAAUAUUGAAGCAUACAAACAGGGCAUAUGUCUUGACAUUGUUUUUUGGAUAUUCCAACAAUCACUCCACAGAAUAAAGUUGUCAGCACUACUGAUUUAAUCAGAGAUGCUGGGUUAGAUAUAAUUAAGUACCUUUAAACCUCCCUGCUCUCAACAUAUAAACUUAAAUAGAGUGAUCUACCCAAUCAGAAUACAAGAAAUAUAAUAUGCCUAGUAUCGUACGGACUGCACCACCUAGUGUUGAACUUCUAUAGAAAACUCUUUUGUUUCAGAGGAAGUAUGAUUGUUAAGAAACUGUAGCAUUUUAAAGUUAAGACAAAAAUCCCUUCAUUUCACAAGGCUGACACACUGCUGUGGGAUUUUGUAAUUUUCGGUAAGUAGCUGAAAUUUUAUUUAUUUACUGUUCAUGUACGUAUUUAUUUAUUUAUUGUCAAGAAACCAUCAACAAGACAAAUUCUUUAUUGUGAUGCUGCUUAGAGGUUUUAUGUCUAUAACUGAUGGUUAAUCAGCUCUGACACAUCAUCAAAUGUGCAUAAUUGAUGAUUAGUUUCAGGGUGUUAAUGAAAUAUUCUGGAGUUGUAACCAUCUUUCAACAUUUCCCAUGAAUAAUGAGAGGACUAAUUUUUGUGAUGUUUUCUUGUAUUUAGAGAACUGGUGUCAGUAAGCUAAGAAAACGUGAUUAUUGGGGAAUGCACUCAAGAAAUUGAUAUUUAAUAGACCACAAGGGGGAGAUUUGGGUAGAAUAUCUGUGAAGAAAUUAUUUUCAUGACAUCUUUUGAAAACAAUUAACAUGUGUGUAGUGUUUGUGGUUGAACUGUGGUCUGUUGAGAAAUAGGAUUGAAAUGAUUGGCUAAAUUGCCAACAAAAUUUCCAAAGGGGUACAAAUUCAAUUAUUUCACUCAAACCAAUACAUUGAUGCAUGAUGUUACAGUUAGCAAUAUACAAUAUACAAUUAUAUAAAGAUUUUGUCAGGGUGUUAUAUAAAGGAAAGAAAUAUAUACUGUAUCAAUAAUUAAAGUUAUAUAUACCCGGGUAUUAUAAGUAGUGAUAUUAAAAGAUUAAAUAUUAUGUACUGGAAGAACAGACAGCAGCCUUUAAUAUCUCUUUUAGAAACAGAGAGUUUUCCCUGUGUUGUAGAAUUCGUUGAAGACAUCUUUUAUUUUAUAUUAGGAUGUGCACAAGUAUACAGUGCUAGUUCUGGUCGAUCAAAAUUUUUGCAAUUUUAAUUAAUUAGGUGUAUCAAAUUGAUGUGAAUGAAACUCCCACAAUGGUAAGUGAUUUGCAGUGUGUGCUGUCUGAGUACACUAAUCAUGAAAUGCUAUAAAUUGGAUUUUUAUCAAAAUAUAUCAUAUCAAAAAGAUUUAUUUUCAUUAAAUUUCAAAACAUGGAAAGAAAAAUAAUGAUUAUCAAGAUAGUACAUGUCAUCUUGAUUAAAGAUGUUGAUAAAAUUUUAAUAAUUUGCAACGACAUUUUUUCCCAAUAUUUGAUUGUUUUUAAGAUAUAGAGGAAAAAAUUGCCUCAACAAUCUCCUGUGAGGGAUCUCUGUCCUUUGAUGUCGGUAAAACUACAGUUUUAAGAAAUCAUGUCUGUGUACAUGCUGAUAUCACCAUAUUUACAAGAGGCGGAAAAUUAUUCAUCAGAUGAUGACAAGAUUUGGUAAACAUGUUCAGAGUUUAUCUUACAGACUCUCCAAACCUGUUCUGGUUAAGGGCCUCCUUUGAAAUUGAGAAACGGCUUUUCCUCAAGCAUGUCAACCUCUGGCCUUAGGUGCUUCACUUUUGAAUCUUGUAUCCUGCAAAAACUGGAUUUUUGAUAGUGAAAAAUGAGAUUUCCUUAUCUGAUAGAUAGUGCUAGCCCCAAGAUCAUGUGGACAAGAGUCAUUAGAUUGUAGGACAUGAUGGUUUUAUAGAAUGGGGAUUUGUUAAUGGUUUUGUAGUGUUGCUGGUACACAUUAAAAAUUAAUUUCCCUCACAUUAAGCAAUAUCAGUUUUUUUGGGGAAAAUUUUAUCUAAAUUUUAUCACAUUUCUGUAGAGCAUGGAUUAGAUAACUGGUAUGCUGUAACUGAUGUAAGGUUUUAGAUUAUUUCAUGACUUUUAUUUUCUUUGAUUUUUUUAAAAUUUCAUUUUUUGUUUAUUUUGAAGACUGAAAUUUUGUUCCCUUAAUUCAUUUUAGAGUAAACAUGAUUCUACUUGGGUUUAAUUUGUUUAGUUGGACAUGCCUGGUAGCUGUUUAGAUAAUUUUAUAACCACUCCAGUUGUUUUGUAGACCAAGCUGUUUCAUAUCCAUACAUCAUAUUCACUGAGUGAUCUGAAAACUAGCCUCCAUCAGGCAGAAACAAUCCGAAAAGCAAACACUGAAAUAUAUUUAUAAUACAUCAUUGUCUUAGAAAUUUCACCUCCUCCAUGCUACCGAGGUAAUCGCUUUUCAGCAUAUGUUAUCUGUUUAUGACAAAGCAUGUUGUAGAAUUAGUCUGAAUUAACCAUGUAAGAAUGAAGUAGUUUAUGCUUGAAGAUGAAGGGAACACUCAUAUUGCAAACUGAUGUGCACCUAACGUGGGUCAAAUGGUCAGAGAAACAUUUUAGAGAUUUGGAGAAUAAAAAAACAAUUUUCUUAAGAGGAACAAUGGUAGCUUUAGUAUUGGAUGUCUAAUGUGGAAAUCUCUUCAUCGCACAUAAUCUCAUGAUAAAUCAAUUAUCACAAUGAUUUCCUUGCAUGCUUUCAAUUAAAGUUUCCGUUUUUUAUUGUGAAAAAUCAGUGGAAAUAUUUAGCAGAAAUCAGAUUGGAGAGAAAUGUUUUGGGGUAGAUAAAGGGUAACCUCUUGGUGCGAUUGAGCCAGUGUAUUUAGUCAAUGAGCCGUUCGUCCAUGAUUUGACAGAUACGAGCUUCAGGUUGCUUCUCCUCCAAUUAACGUAUGCAGUGGGAGGUCCUAGAAAUUGUAUUAAAUCUGCAACUCUAUAUUUUUGGGAUUUGUUACACUAGGUCCUAAGAUUCCAAUAUACCGCUGCAUCUUCCUGGGAUUAACCUAAUUGUUGAACCUAUAUAUCCAGUGGUUUCACUGUAGAAAGUUUUCAAAGGUAGGGGAUUAAAGUUGUCAUGUAACAAGAAUAAAUCUUGCAGAAUUUUCAUUAGAAUUGCCAGCGUUUGAUCACUUAUUCCGCUUUUUCCUGUCAUUAUUUUUUUAUUUAAAGUGAAAUAGGGGAAUAUUUAAUGUCACUGAGUGGAGAAAAUCAGCUAAGCGUACAAACCUCAUCGAAUAUAUAUAGAGGAGUGUCUUUUAAGGCGCAUUACAUUUGCUAAAUGAAAGGCUCGAUUUCAUUUAUUUUAGAUGAAAAAUUUAUAUUUAAUGAUCAAAAUUGAUUUCUUAUUGGGAUCCUAUACUUUUUUGUUUUGGUGUAAAAAAAAUUUUAAGGAGAGGAAUUUUUGAAAUUUUUGAAUACUCUUGAGAACUAUCAGGUUUGGCAAACUUUCUUCCAAGUAGUCCUGGAGAUGGAGUCAUUUUGCAUAAUGAGUUUAGAAUGAAGCAUCAAAGGCUGAAGUGCCCCCCUUGGGUCAGUGUGCAAUCAUUGUAUCCCAUCAUUUCUGUAAAACGAUCAUCUAGAAGAUAACAAAACCGUUAAAUUUCAAGAGUCAAUCUUGACUUUCUUCAUUUUUGCUGUGUGGAAGUACAAAAUUUGGUUUUUGUGUAUGCUGAACACUGUUCAUGUAAGAGUGCAGAAAGGAUCUUUGUUCAUCAGAAAUGACAGUGUAGAAGACUGGUGACCAUGACAACAGUGUACUUUCUGCUGCUGUUCCUUCUCUCUGAGGCCCUUGCUCAGAGUCUUGUGACUUUUACAAUCAAGGAGGGCAUCUCUAGACUUCAGACUGUUGGGAACAUACCCAAUGCAUUCAAUCUAGCAGCAAAUCUCUCCAGAGACCAGUUUGAAUCUCUGAGAUACCAGUUUUUGUCAAACCCAGAUAAUCUGUUUGAAAUUGGAAACAUUUCUGGUGAACUUCUUACUAAGACAUCAAUCGAUCGUGAGAGUAUUUGUGACUUCCACACAGAUUGUCAGAGGGACCUCACUGUGUCUGUUAGGUCGAAAGCUUUUUCGUACACAAAGAUCUUAAAUGUGAAAGUAAUCAUUCAGGACACAAAUGACAAUUCUCCAACCUUUGAGCCAUCCUCUAUUCGUCUGGCUAUUCCUGAACAUAGCAACAUUGGAACAUCCUACAAGAUACACAGUGCUACAGACAAAGAUGUAGGAAUGAACUCCGUGCAGACUUAUGAGAUAGUACCAAAAAAUGGAGCUUUUGGACUAAACGUAACAAAAUCCUUGGAUGAAAGUUUCUUUGUUCGGAUCGUGAUAAAGCAAACCUUGGACAGAGAAGUACAAGACUACUACCAAGUGAAUAUCCGUGCCCUGGAUGGGGGUUCCCCUCCUAAUGUCGGGGUGCUCACUGUUCACUUGGAUAUCGAGGACAUCAAUGAUAACUCUCCGGUAUUCACCCAGACCACUUACAACAAGUCAGUCCAAGAAAAUGUAACUGUCGGAACCAAUAUUUUACAAUGUGUUGCUACUGAUGACGACAUCGGUGACAAUGGAAGAGUUUCUUACAGAUUUAGUAUGAAGUCUGAUUUAGAUGCCAUUAAAUCAAAAUUCAGUCUCAAUUCGCAAACUGGACAAAUUCAAGUGACUUCUCAAUUGAAUUAUGGAGAACAAAACAUUUAUGAAUUUUUUAUUGAGGCCUUUGACCAUGGUACUGAAGUUCGAGUAUCACAAGCUAAAGUGAUAAUCAGUGUCUUAGAUGCUGGCAACAAUGCUCCUUCCAUGGAAAUAACUUUCUUUGAGGGAGGCACUAGUAACAAUUCUGUGAAUGUCAAGGAAGGCACAAAGGAAGAUGUCUCCAUAGCCCACAUUAGAGUGUCUGAUGCAGACCCUGGCCGAAAUGGCCAGGUGAACUGCUCCACGCCAAGUGGAGCUUUUGGACUUCAGGAGAUUGGAUCCAGUGGAUAUGUGGUAGUGGUGAAGUCAUCCCUGGAUUACGAGACAGUGAAGUCCUAUCAGGUAACAGUCACCUGUCAGGACCAAGGCACACCAUCCAUGUCAUCCACCGUAUCAUUCACUGUUAUCAUUGUCGAUGACAAUGACAAUGCACCAAAGUUUAUCCAGAGGAUAUACCAGGCAAGUGUCCAAGAAAACAAGCGCUCCGGCACAAGAGUGACAGAGGUUCUUGCAAAAGAUAAAGAUUCUGGGGUAAAUGCAGCCAUUAGAUAUUCCUUAGAUGGUGAUUAUGGUCUGGAGAUUGAUGCCACCACAGGGGUCAUUGUUACCAGUCGACCCCUGGAUAGGGAAGCAACUCCGCAGAUCUCGGUCAAAGUUCUAGCUGUAGACCAGGGGAAUCCCCCUCUCUCUGGAACAACCACACUGAUUGUAAAUGUUCAGGAUGUUAAUGACAAUCCGCCAAGAUUCAAUGUCACUCACUACAGCUUCCAUCUCCCUGAAAACCUGAACAACACAAAAGUAGGCACAGUCUAUGCUAUGGACUUAGACAGAGGCUUGAAUGGUCAGAUCAUAUAUACAGUGAUUGACGAUUCCAAUUCAUUUGACAUUAGAAGUGAUGGGAGUAUUUUCACUAAGAAAACCCUGGAUUAUGAAGCAAAAAGACUUUAUACCUUUAAAGUGACUGCAAAGGACCAAGGUACACAAGUUCUUUCUACGAGUGUUGAUGUUAGAGUGCAUGUGGAUGAUGUGAAUGACAAUCCACCAAAGUGUGUCUUCCCUGAUGAGUAUAAUCAGACAGUCAGUCUUCCAUAUUUAACUAGAAUAGGCUCUCUCAUCACAACCAUCCGAGCCUAUGAUGCAGAUAGUGGUAGAAACAGUCACCUCAGCUUUCAGAUCCUCAGUGGAAAUGGCCACCAAACAUUUAAACUGGAUUCAAACUCCGGAGAACUUUUCUAUGACAAUACUUUCAUUAUCAAGAAAGAUUCCAUUUUCAGAUUAAACAUUUCGAUUUCUGACCAAGGAGAACCCUCCCUUACAUCUACAUGUGUACUGGAGGUGACACUUACCCACACCAAUUUAUCAAUGCAGCCAUUUUCAAAAGAGGACAACGACAACAAAUACGUUGUCAUCUGUGUCAUUGUUGUCAUCAUCACCGUUUUCUUCUCUACGGUUCUUAUUACUGUCAUCAUUAUAAUCAAACGAAAUGACAGACGAAAUCGCGGGAGGAAGGCACAGCAGGAAAAGCUGCGAAACUUCCAGCAAUUCCAGGACAUUGACAAGAGGUACUACCAGAGCCGCACCCCCACCUACCCCGAGGACCUCAGCAAGAAGAAAAAGAAAGAGGUCAGCUUCUCUCUUGAGGAUGAUCUCGACAAAUCCCUGGACAUUUCUGGACAUUCCAUUUUAGAUGAUCAGCCUUAUUGCAACAAUGUAUACCACCCAGGAACGGAGCAAGACAAACUAAAACAGCUUCACUUUGACCAGUUCCUUCUCAAUCCCAACUCAGACAGUAAAAAGAAUAAUCUUCUGAAGGGUUCUCACGACAGCAGUAGUGAUACGUCAACAGAUUUAACGACCAGUGACAGUGGAAGAGGGGGGAGUGAUGUGGAGAUGCACCACUCCUCCAAUGCCCCAGAUGACGACAAAGCGUACAAUUCUAUUCAUCCACACAGUCGGUCAUCAUCAUUCCCAGCCACAAUGUACACGCCACAUGACAGAGGGGGAACAAGGUCUCCCCACAAAUCAGACACUAGUGCCAGCAAUAAAAAAGACUAUACAGGCUUAACACCACGAGAGACUUUUGAGAAAAAGCAUGGAAUUAACCGUCAUUCCCAGGAGUCCACUUCCUCGGAGAGUUGUCUCCCUUCUUAUGUCUAAUGUGGUGUUCAUUUUGAUUUUGAUUCCGGGAGUGGCCAAAGAAAGUGUGACACAAACAUAUUGUGAUUUUAGAUGACACAAUACUUUUUGUUCAAAUCAUCCGUCCUGGACAUUAUUAUUUUUAUAUUUGAUACUUUUGUGCUAGAAGAAUUCAACUUUUGGAUUUGAUCUCAGGGACAGCUGAUCCCAUCAUCUACUGAAAACCCAUAGUAACAGAAAAACAACUCUUAGAUACCUCUAGAGUAUGGAUCCAGAGAAAUCAAAAAUGAGUCAGAAAGUGGGAACCCCUUCAUUAGAUAGGGAACAAGGAACAGAUAUUUUCCUAACAGAUGACAUCACUGCUGGUGAAAGGUUUUGCAGUUCUUGUGUUAAAGACAGAAAUACAAGCACUAUAAGGCACACAGACAUUUAGUGUACUGGUUCAAUAAAAUGUAGAAUAAUUACAAGAAAAAUGCAGGGCAGGAAUUCUGGACAUUGCUAUUUCAUGGAGAUGAGGUUUUCCAGAAUUUUCUAGCAAACACUUCCGAGUAUUUCUGCCAUAUUUUGGGUGCUACACAUGUACAUUGUAUUUGUGAAAUAUUAUAGUAUGUACAGAUGAGUUGGGGUUUUUUCUAUGUAAAAAGUCUAAGUACAUAGAUAUUGCAUAUAUUAUGCGUUAUUGUUUAUCAUAAUAUAAUGCUCAAUAUUUUGUUAUGAAUACUGCUGUCAGCUGAACUAGAUGUAUGGAUCUAAUUUUAUAUGAAAAUCUCUACGAUGCUUUUAAAAGUUGACGUACAUUUUAACAUAUGAUAAAGAAUAAAACCAGUGUUUGAGUCUAUAAA